AUGGCUGGAAAGUUUGAGCCUAAGGUCCCCGUGACCCUCGAUCCUCCAAAAGAUGACAUUAUCUCCAAGGAAGAGCUUGCUAAGGCCAACGGUGCUGAAGGUGAGAAGUGCUAUGUAGCCAUCAAGGGUAAGGUUUAUGACGUUACGGGCAACAAGGCCUACCUACCUGGUGCUUCAUAUAACGUGUUUGCCGGCAAGGACGCCUCGAGAGCUCUGGGAAAGACCUCUACCAAACCUGAAGAUGCACUCCCAGAGUGGCAGGAUCUGGAUGAUAAGGAGAAGGGCGUCUUGAACGACUGGAUCACCUUCUUCUCCAAGCGGUACAACGUCGUCGGUGUUGUGGAGGGCGCCACAAACAUGGAGUGA